UGAGAAUAGUCAGUAACAGGGAAAGAUGCAAGGAGAAACAAUAGUGUUGUACCCAGCCCCAGGAAUAGGGCACAUCAUUUCCAUGGUGGAGCUAGCAAAGCUCAUCCACAAACACCAUUUCUCCACCACCAUCCUCCUCACCACCGGCUUCUCGGACCACCCCUCCAUCGACGCCUACAUCCGCCGCAUCUCCGCCGCAUACCCCACCAUCUCCUUCCUCCGCCUCCCUCACGUCGCCGCACCAACCGCGGCCGCCAGCUUCCUCGGCAAGUGCUUCACCUUCGUCAAAAGUAACGUCACCAACGUAGCCACCACGCUAACCCAAAUCUCGGAAUCCGCCACCAUCAAAGCCUUCGUAAUCGAUCUCUUCUGCACUUCCGCAAUGGAACCAGCUUCUUCCCUGCAGAUCCCCGUCUACUACUUCUUCACCUCUGGCGCCGCCGUUCUCGCGCUCUGCUGCUACCUCCCCACACUCCACCGACAAACGACCCUGUCGUUUAAGGACAUGGUCGGGGCGGAACUGCAGGUGCCGGGUAACGCGGCGCUGAAGGCGGUGAACAUGCCCGAACCCAUGCUGGAUCGAAACGACAUUGCGUAUUGCGACAUGUUGGAUUUCUGCACGCACCUUCCCGAGGCGCGUGGGAUAAUAGUGAACUCGUUCCCACAGCUUGAGCCUGCGGCGGUUAAGGCCGUGGCGGAGGGCGCGUGCUUUCCAAACGCCGAGCGUGCACCUUCCGUUCACUACAUCGGACCACUCAUUGCAGAGCCUCAGCAAUCAGAUGUAGCAACAGAAAACAAACAAUGUUUGUCAUGGCUGGACGAACAACCAAGUAAAAGUGUGGUGUUCCUUUGUUUUGGAAGUCGUGGAUCAUUCUCAGUCUCACAAAUGAAGGAGAUCGCCAAUGGGUUAGAGAGGAGUGGCCUAAGGUUCUUGUGGGUCGUGAAAAGGCCAACCCAAGAUGAGAGAAUAAAGCAUGUUGUUGACAUAACAUCGGAAUUCGACUUGGCUUCUGUGUUGCCAAGUGGGUUCAUCGAGAGAACCAAGUAUAGAGGCUUGGUUGUGAAGUUGUGGGCCCCACAAGUGGAGGUGUUGAGUCAUGACUCGGUGGGUGGGUUCGUGAGUCACUGUGGGUGGAACUCGGUGUUAGAAGGAGUGAUUGCAGGGGUGCCAAUGAUUGCAUGGCCACUGUACGCAGAGCAGCACGUGAAUAGGCACGUGAUGGUUGAACAGAUGAAGGUGGCUAUUGCAGUGGAACAAAAUGAAGAAGAUGGGUUUGUGAGUGGGGAAGAAGUGGAGAAAAGGGUGAGGGAGUUAAUGGAGUCACAAGAGAUUAGGGAAACAAGUUUGAAGUUGAAACACUUGGCUUUGGCUGCUGUUGGGGAAUUUGGGUCAUCCACAAAAGCACUUGCCAACUUGGUUCAAGCAUGGAGUGGAUUUAGUGCCUAACAUGAUUGUCAACUAUGAUUGUUGAUUAAUAAUGUUGUACAACUGGUUAUUGUUUUCACAUGAAUUUAAGUUUUGAGUAUGGUUGGAUUGUUGUUGGUAGUUGGUACGAUAGAGAUAGAGACGAUAAUAUUGGAUGUAACCUUUGAAUCUUUUAAUAUUAUAUUUUUUAUUAUAAAUAUUAAA